CAUCUGGUACCGCAAACUCAUCUCUGCCACUUUUGUUCUUUUCAUUUCCUCCCUUUUCCUUCGUUCUACCUAUAUGAGUGAGAGAGCAAACGGCGCUCAACGCUGCAGAAAUGGAAGACGCGUCCCCAGUGACAAAGGAUAAUGUUGACCCGUCGGAGGAAUCGGAAAAGGACACCCGAAAAGGAAAAGGCGGGAGUGUUCACAAACCCGCGAAUGUCGAAAGCAAAGACGAGAGAGAAUGGAAUGGUCCUAGAAUGACAAAGGAGUCCUUGAAACAGCUGUGCAGAGAACACGACCUCUACUCUACUCCGGCUCUCAACGAUGUUCUCUACCUCCAUUUCAAAGGUUACACUGAGAUCGAGAACCUGGAGGAAUACAGCGGACUGAGAUGCUUGUGGCUGGAAAACAACGCUCUGAGAGCCAUCAAGGGCCUGAGUCACCUCAAGUACCUGCGGUCUCUCCACCUGCACCACAACCUCCUGACCUCUCUGGACGGCAUCGAGAACCUCAAGAAUCUGGUCACCCUCAACGUGUCCUACAACAUGAUUACCAAGAUCGACCAUAUCUCUGGUCUGAAGCAACUGGAAACUCUCCAGAUGAACCACAACCGACUGCGCUCGCUGGAAGAUGUGGCUCAGUUGGCCGAGUGUCCUAAACUGUCCUGCAUCGAUCUCUCUCACAACCACUUGGCCAACCCGGAAAUAGUGCAAGCACUGACUGACGUGAAGGAGCUGAGGGUCAUUCAGCUCGUCGGAAAUCCCGUGGUCCGCGAAGUGCGUCCUUACAGGAACACGCUGAUCACGUCUUGCCCAAAUCUGACCUACCUGGAUGACAGACCCGUCUUCCCCGUGGAUAGGGCCGCUGCAGAGGCAUGGAAAGAAGGGGGCAUAGCAGCAGAGAGGGCGACAAGAAAGGAAUGGCAUGAGAGAGAUCAGCAACGUCAACGAGACUGCGUUAACGAUGUGCUCAAGCUUCGAGAAAGAGUACUAGCUGAGAGAGAAGAGAAGAGGAGGAAGGGCAGGACUGACUUUGGCAUUCAUGUGGAGGACACAGGCGAAGAGAAAUUCUACGCCCUCACUCCAGAGGCCAAGGCUUGGGCUAAGGACCAAAUUAAGAAGAUGAGUGAGAAGAAAGCUAAUGCUGCACUCAACCAAGAAGUUGAUGUUGAGUUUGACAAGCAAGCGGAUUUGGAGUACAGAAGGAAAGAGCUGAUUGAACUGAAUCAGUUGGGUGAACCUGAUGAUGAAGGGUUUCAGAAGCUCCUUGACAACAUACGUGAUGAAGAAGAAAAUACUAAGAACUCUGAGAUGUCCAGUGAUAACUCCACUGGCGCCGUGGAAAGAGUCACUAAGAUCAAGAAAAGGGUUACUUUUGCCUUUGCUGAAGAUGAAAACAGCGAAGAAGAUGAAAGUGAAACUGAAGAUGGAAGUGAAAACGAGGUGGACAGUGACGACGAGGAUGUUAUCAUAGAUAGAAUGAGACAGAAUGAGCAGACAAACUUUGAACAAGACACGAAUGAGGGCUCAGACACGAAGGAAGAGUCAACGGAAGUCAGUGUUGUUGACUCUCUGAUCUCUGGCACGGUUAUCGAUGCUAACAUCCAAGAAGAAUUCAGUGACAGGGAACCAAAGAGUAACGAAGAAUCCGGUCUUAGCAUAACAGUUGAGAAGUCCCGAACAGAAUCAUAUUCCCAGAUAAAGACACCAAAGGACAUAGAGUCGCUGUGUCUAGAAAAGCUGCAAAAUCAUAUAAAGUCAAAGACUCUUACUAAGGUUGUCCAUGUAGAAGAAUUUGAAGUAAUGCCAAAGAUGUCUAGUCGAGAGAGCACCGACGAAAUAAAAGAGGAAGUGGGGUGUAAGGUUGACCAAGGUCAUGGUACACACAAUUCCGAAGACAAUAUCAAUAAAUUAGCAAAUGACAUAAAUCAGGAAGAGGAUUCUGUAAUCAAUAACUUUUCUGACGAAUGCCUUAACUCACCAGCAAUAGUAGAAGGAACAUCAACGACAAAGAAUGAAGAUUCAAAUAAUGAAAAUGCUUUGGAAGGUGAAAAUAAAGAAUCUCAAUAUACCCAGGGUGGUGAAGAACAAGAUGGUACCAACUUAAAUUGUUCAGUGAGCAAAAACAAAUUAGAAAGCAGCACAGAAGCAAGUGCAAAACUGGAUGACAUAGGAAAUCCCUUUCAAAGCCAAGCUGGAGAAUCUCUUCUAGAAAGAUGCCCAAGUGGCCCUGAAGAAAACAAAGGCAGCAGCUUUAAUCAAGAUUACAUUGCAGGAAAAAUAAAAGGUAAAAUAUGUUUACAGGACAAGUUAAACAUAGAGUUGAACCCUAAACAAAGCAGAACAGAAGAAACAACUGAAAAGGAAGAUGAUAGGCUACAUAAUGAUGCUGUUUUGAUAAUGUCAGACGAAGAGUCAUUUUUGCACAGAAUCAACCUAAACGCGCCAACUAUUUGCUCAGAGUUUUCUGACAAUACUCGAGAAGAAAGUUGUUCUUGCACAUCCUCCAACUGUUCCCACAAGCAAGAAGAUGAUGCAUUAUUAUUCAAAAGUUGCAACAACUUCUUGAAGCUUCAUCCACCUAAAGUUGAUAGCUUGCCCCCAGACAUGGAUAAGGACGAACUUUUAGAUGACAUCUGGACAGUCAGUGAUACAGUGACUUUUGAGAGCUCAUCACCCUCUGAUUACGAAGAUGAUUCAGAGGAUUCGAAGGGACAGGGGUAUGUCCGCCAGUUUGUUGCUGAACAGAACUUCAAUGCAGAUACAGAAUCUGACAUCGAGGAUAUUUUGGCAAAGAUGGAAUUUGACAAGCACCUCCCUACAGAAUAUCGUUGUGAACAUUUUACCGAAAAGGGAACUCCUGAAUCACAUGAAAAUGGCCUCCUAAGAGAUGAAGACAUACAUGGAGUUGAAAAUGACUUGAGUGCAACAAACCCACCAUCUCUUUUCGGGGAAAGCUGGGUAGCAGAAGCCACAAAAAGAAUAAGAGAACAAGCAUUUACUAAUGGAACAGACAAAAGUUCCAACAUCAAUGCAGAUCAUGAGAGCAUCUCUAGUGAUGAAGCUUCCAGGGAACUGAGAGAUGGUGAGGAAGUAAAGGAAUUGGUGUCGUCGCGAGAAGACUCAGAGGCCGAGGAUAAUGAAAGCUCAUAUGAAGAAGAGUCUGUGAGCUCACUGUCAGAUUCUAGUAUUGCAGGGGAACUUGAAUAUCGUGGAAACACUACAAAGCCAAUAAGCAGAGAAGAGUUUCUACCGCAAAAACCGACGAGAACUCUACUGAUUGCUCAACAAACGGAAGGGAGUGAACUCUCCUCUUCAUGCUCAAGUCUCAGUGCCUCAUCUCUCACUAACUCGUGCAAGAGUGAAAAUACCCUUCAUUCUCAACCACUCCACAGACAUACUACAAGUAUUAAUGCUACAGACGACAAAAGCUUCCAAGAAAACCUAGGGGCGAUGGAUCAGAUUCAGCCAUCGUCACCUUCACCCGCGUCAUCGUCUUCAUCAUCUUCACCAUCGCCAGGCAGUCCCAGGAGUGAUACACGGAACAACAGCAGCAGAGCAGUAGUACCCCCAGCAUCAAGGCUCCUCGUUCGGAGGGACCAUCAAACUCUUGUGGACUACGGACCUGCGGAGAGCCAGAGCCAGCGCAGGGAAUCUAUCUAUAGCACGCGCGCUGCUCUUCGAAGUGCACAUGAAGCGUUUGUCAGGGGCAAAAACAUAGGAAACUUACUAAUCACAAGAGCAAAUAGCGAGAACGACGAGGACUUCCGAAACCUAUGGACAAAUAACACUUACAAUACUCAGACUGUCGGUUGGCGAAAUCGGUCCCCACUUAUUCAACUGAUUGACGAUAACGAGGAAAUUGACGAAGUGGAUGAAGAGGAGGAGGUAGAAUAGACGCAAUAAAGAAGAAGAAGAAUAAGAAGAAGAAGAAGGGGAAGAAGAAGCAGAGGGACAAUGAGAAUGAGAUGAACGGUAGAAAGAUGAAGAAAAUAACGCCAAAAAAAUAAUAUUAAGUAACUCGAAAGAUAUCACGGAUGGAAACCUCGAAAAAAUAAUUAAGUGUCUUUUUUUUCAGGGACAAAUCAAUUUAAAUUCAUAGCAGUACGCAAAGGGUAGCAUUAACGAGACGAGUUACAAUAUAAAAAAUUCAUAUAUCUAUAGACUCUGGGACCCAACAAUUUUAUCAUAAUAUUUUCUCAUUUAUCUGUAAUUAACAGCAUUAUGAUCGAAACCACUAUUAGAUUGAGUUAAAACUUGCGUAAACAUUAAAGCUUUUUUGCUGACUAAAUUGUUACCCAUUAAGCACCCACAGUAAUGAAUGAUAAUCUCCCGUUAUUCUGCGGUUUAAGGCUGUGUUGGCACCAAGCGAACCGAAUCUAUUCAAUUCAUGACGAAUCAACGCGAUUCAUGAUUCGCCACACUAACACCAAGCGAAUCGAGUCAAUUCCAAACAUGGUGUCAACGGCUACAUUAAAAUUAGUGUAGCACAUCAAGACGAACCAUGAAUCGUGUUGAUUCUUCAUGAAAUGAUUCCAUUCGAUUCGCUUAUUUAAAAGGUUACAUCGAAAUUAGUGUGGCGAAUCAAGACGAAUCAUAAAUCGUGUUGAUUCUUCAGGAAUUGAAUCGAUUCGAUUCGCUUGAUGGACACGCAGCCUAAAAACUAAUGAGAGAUAUAUAUUUAACGAAGAGUACCCCCCUUAUCUAUCUUCCCCCAAAUGGGCCAUCUCUCAUUAACUUAAGACUGGCCCUCUAACUUAAGACUGACAAUCUCUAAUUAAGUAAAGACUGACCAUCUCUAAUUAUCUUAAGACUGGCCAUCUAUAAUCAACUAAGACCAUCUCGAACUUAAGACUGGCCAUCUCUAAUCAACUAAAGACUGACCAUCUCGAACUUAAGACUGACCAUCUAUAAUUAACUUAAGACUGAUAAAACAUGGCUAUUCUGACACUUGAAAUAACAGUUCUCUGUGCACAACAUUCAACCUGUAUCUAAUAUCUUACAGCGCAGAGAACGAGCCCUGAAAAAAUUUAUAAUAAUUAACAAUGAAUAUUCCUUAAUAUUGCUUGAUUGUUCAGCGAGCGAACACUGAAAAUAACAUUUGAUGACAAACUGUAUCCAAUGUACUAUGUGCCAUUAUUGCAAGACACAUCACAGUUUGAAGUAACCUUGCGCAUUAAAUUAAUUCUUUUAGACAAAUUUGGUAGUCAUCACGUUUUCAUUCAGCUUGCGGAAUUUAGAUCAUUCUCAACCUGGAUCAUUCCUUGAAUGUUUUUAUUCUGAGUUUUGUCAUUUCGGAAAAUUUCAUGAAGAUUAAGUUUAUCAGGCGUUUGCCUGCUUUAUUUAAAAAAAAUGAUAGGCAUAGAGCAGUGGUUCUCAGCCUUUUUUUGACCCAUAUGUCAGAAUGUCAUUCGGGUACCCCAGUCCCCCUCCCCCCAAAAAACCGUACGCCUCUCCUUUCCAAAAUUGUCUGCCUCAAAAGGUGCAUUCCAAAUAAUCCUUAUUUUCUUCCAUAUUAGUACAUAACCAUUACAUACAUAGAUUCAUUUUACGGUGUAGUUUUACGCAUUGAAUAGCGGCAAAUGAGCUGUGGAAGCUUUUUAGGUUUGAUAUGUGAUAAAUACUGAACUUAAUGUGGACAGACCCCCUUCGUGCUCUUGGGAAUGCCUUAACUUUUACGUCACAAGUCUCAGUACGACGUCAAAAGUUUCAGUCGUAUCAUCACAAGUCUCUAAAAUCACAUCUUAGCAACCAAAACAUUUUUAAAAUAUUCUUUUCGCUGAA